AAGCCGCUGCUGCUGCGCGAACUGCUCGGGAGCCUUCCAAUGGAGAUACAAACAGUUGUCAGAAGAUAUGAAACACGAAAUAAGACAGCAGGAGCAGAACUGUCAUCAUCCAAAUCCCGAGUUGACUGGAGACGUACGAGAAGGGAGCUCAUAAUACUUGACAGUGAUGACGAAUCCUCAGGUACCUCUGAGGAGGAAGAGCCUACCACAUCAGAAGAUGAACUGGAUGAAAAAGAUGAAACUGUUGGGAAGAAGAGCCUCUCAGAUCAGGAAGAGAAAAGUCAUGAUGAGGAAGAGACAGGAGAUGGCGAGGACGAGUGCAUCAUGCCUAGGAAGCGUAAAAGGUUGAGCAGCUCUGUCUUGUAUGACAGCGAUGAAAGUGAGGACAGUGAUAUACUUGUUAGAAAAGUUUUUGCUAAACGCCACUGCAUAAUGGAUGAAGAUGAGAGUUCUGAAGAAACGCAAGCUGAUAAAACCUGCCUGACAGAAAACGUUUCUACCAACAGGAAACAGAAAGUGUUUACAAAAUUGAAAGAACUUGCAAGACAAAGAGCAGCUCAGAGAUCCUACAGCAGUGGAAAUUGUGAGGAUUCUACUGAUGAAGAAGAAAUAGAAGAGGAUCCACUCUAUCAGUUGCCUCUCACACCAAUAGAAGGUAGUGAAACUGACAGCAACAGCUUGAAAGACUUCAUAGUAGAGGAAGAUGAUGAUGAUGACAACACAGAGCAUGUACAGAAUGAGAACCAGCCACAACAGAAAGAACUAAAUGCAUCAAAUAGCGAGUUCUUGGCACACUACGUCCCACACUUAUCUCGCUGUGAUCAUUAUGUACACUUCAAAAGAAUAGUAAAGGCCUUCCUCAUAAAUGCAAUUGAUGACACUUUUCUGAGCUCGUUAUAUGAUGGAACAAGACAAAAGAAGUAUGCACAAGAUAUGUUGCUCUCACUUCAUUAUUUGGAUGACCGCUUCAUUCAGCCUCGUCUUGAGAACUUAAUCUCUAGAAGUCGCUGGAAAGAUCGAUACAAGAAGCGUGUGGACUGUUACCCAGAUGUUCGCAUAAUCUUGAAAAAUACAAAAAAUAUGUUUUGUCAAGCUUGUGAAAUUCACCAAUAUUGUAAGUUUCAUGUACUGCUCUCUGGAAAGCUUUAUAAUAGUAGAACUUUGGAAGCGGAUGACUUCAUGUCAGAAGACAAGCAGGUUUUGAAGGUUGGCGUGGUGUGUGCAAAUCGGACAAGAGUUUAUCAUAAUCUGAAGCACUUCAAAUACAAGUUGUAUUUGGAUUGCAGCUCCAUUACCAAGUUGGAUGGUGUUGUGGAGGAACCAGUCAAAGACACAGUCGCACGGCUUUUCAGCCAGCUGGAAGACAGUGGGUGGAUUCAGAAGAGAUAUAACAAUCUUGAAGACUACAUGAAUGAUGCAGACAGUUUCCAAGAGGAGAAAAUGGAUUAAGUGGUCAUACAGCUCUUUGAAAGACAUCUUGUAAAAAUUUGAAUGGCCUGUUUUACCUGCAUGCACCUUAUCUCUACUUGGCCUUCAAGAUUCUUUUUAGGCUGUGUUAUACUACUGUUUGAGAAUGUGCUGUAUCUUUUUUUUUCUCAUCUAUGUCAACAAUAACCUGAAGUUUUACCAAAUCAGUCCUUCCUGUCUUACUGCAUAGGUCACUUCAAGUUUCCUUCUGAAAAAAUAAUAUCUCAAUAUCCGUUUACUUGUGAAAUAAAACUUCCACCUAUUUGAGCUGCAUUGCAGGGAAGUUAGGAGAUGCUGAGACCUUUUGAAGUAGGAAUAUUUGGAAAGGUAAGGUUAUAUUAUAAAAGAACAUACAACUUUCAUCUUACCUACCUUGUUGCUCAUUAUAUGCAAGUAAGUCCAGCCAUUUAGAAUGAUACUUAUAAUAAACAGGACCCAAAUGCAAAGAUCUGUUUCACUCCCAAGGAAUUGGUAUAGACUGUUGCAAGGCAACAGAGGAAACAUUCUGCAGUCUUGGCUACACUGGCAGCACAGUAGUCAUUCCCGUCUUUUUACAGGUGUCAUACAGAUUGAGUCUGGCUUAGCCAUCCAAAUGAACACUUGGGCCCACAGUGCUGUCUCUGAUAAGCAGCUGGGGCAAUUUACUGAGAUUAAUUUAAAUAUCAAAUUAUGUUGUGCAAACAUAAUAGACGCAACUUGCAGUAACUAAAAAAUUUAGAGAAUGGAUUAAUAUUGCCAUGUUGCAAUAAGCAAGAAUUCUUCCUGUGUAACUUAACAAAAAGUUACUCAGAAUCAUGAUGCAUGGCUUACCUGAAUUACAUGAAGCCCAAAUCAGAGUUCUAUGGGGCCAGAGGAGUAGAUUUUUGAGGAAUUAGGAAGGGUUGAGUACUGUAUUGUCUAUUCUGAAAAAACAGACAUGACCCAGCAAUGUGCACUUGCAGCCCGGAAAACCAACUGUACCCUGGGCUGCAUCCAAAGCAGUGUGGGCAGCAGGUCAGAGGUGAGGAUUCUGCCCCUCUGCUCUGCUCUGCUGAGACCUCCAGCUGCAGAGUUGUGUUCAACUCUGGAGCCCCAACAUAAGAUGGACGUGGACCCAGAGCUGGUCCAGAGGAAGCCACAGACAGGAUUAGAGGGCUGAAGCCCCUCUGCUGUGGAGACAGGCUGAGGCAGUUGGGGUUGCUCAGCUUGGAGGAGAGAAGGCUCUGAGGAGACCUUAGAGCAGCUUUCCAGUACAAGGAAGCUUAUAAGAAAGAUGGAGACACGUUUUUAUUAAGAGCUGUAGUGACAGGAGAAGGGGCAAUGGUUUUAAACUGAAAGAGGGUAGGUAUAGAUGGACAUAAGGAAGAAAUUUUUUCAUGAUGAUGAUGUUGAGACACUGGAACAGUUUGUCCAGAGGAGCUGUGAAUGUCCCAUCCCUGCAAGUUUUCGAGGUCGCAUGGGACAAGGCUUUGAGCAACCUGGAGAGGUUGAAGACAUCCCUGGCCUCGAUUAUCUCUAAAGGUGCUUUCCAACCCAGACCAUUCUGUGAUUCUGUUCCUGUACUUUGUGCUGCAUAUAAGAUGAUGUAGCCUAUAAGAAGAGGCAAAGUGCAGGGUUUUGUUCCUACAUACUGCUGUAUGCACAGACUUAUUAGUCUUUUGUGGCUGCCAGGGGUGUUGCUUAGUGGUCAGUGUCUGUGGGCUCUUUUCCACAGGAGCUUGAUUUUGUCAGUACCCUCUUCCCAGCAUUCACUGUAAGAAACAAACUGCUUAUAUUUUAAGUUGAAAUUCUAUGACAGUUUAGAUGCUAUUAGAGUGGGCUAAUAUCAUCCGUUCUUCCCUGUACUUCAUACAGAGACAAGACUUACAAACCAAGAUGAAAAAUCCCACUAAACAGAUUCAGACUUACUCUGAAGUAAACUUACAUUGAGAUACUAUUUCCAUACCUUCACUGUGAGUGAGAUAUGUAAAUAUUCUGAGAUUUGCUAUAUCUCACACCUGUCUCCCUGGUUACCAAAACUGAAGGAAAUCUUCUAUAUUCUUCUUCAGCCUCGUUCUUCUGGGAAUACUGGUGGCAGCACACUCAUCAAUUUAAAAGCACUCAGGAAUCCAUCUCAAAUAUACCCCUUUUAGGACAAGCAGUGCCCCUUGAUGCCCGACUUCUUUCUAUUAACAAAGUCUCUGUAUGAUUUGUUUGAUUCUCUAGAAUAAUAAAAUAACAUUUAUGUUUGGUGUAACUUCAUUCUUACAAAGGAAAACCUCUAAGAAAUAAAUGACUUUUGUACCAGAUAACAGAGUACACCUUCUCAGAGCCUUCCUGGCUGGUUUGAAUUCUGCUGCCUUCUGAAUUUUCUGAAAACUCUCAAGACUAUAUUUUUUAAUUUUGCUGUCAAAACGAAUGGUCAAUUUCUCAUUUUGCCACAUUUAAAGUGAUGGCUACCAAGUUAAAAAACAAAAUAGAUUGGGGGAUUUGGGCUUUCUGAUUACUGAUAAUAUCUCAAGAAUGCAUACGUUCUGACUGAAAAUUAAA